AUUGUGAAAAAAAAAACAGAGUAAAAAAGGGACCGAGGUAGAGUUAGUAUUUUGAAACGCUGAGACUUCCAUCCUUCACUCGUUUCCGUCGCUGCCUGCCUACCCACCUCCGCCGGCCACCGUUCCUUUCAUCUUCUCUCCGGUUGGUUGGCUAGUUUUACUGAUAAAAGUAUGGGUUAGGUACCCAACCCGGAACCAAAGAAAAUUGAUUGGUUUGGGUAUCGGGUUUGGUCAAGUUUGACCCAACCCAACCCGUGAACACCCGUGUUUCGCAUGAUCUAAUUCCCAAAUCCCUACUUUAGAGAAGGGAAGGAACUAGUGGAACCCAACCUCUACAUACUGGUCACAAGCACGCUCGUUUGUAACUUUUGUUCUGAAAAUAACAUUAAUUUCUUCUCCUUAUCUUGUUAAGUCUUAUUAUAGAGAAGAUUGGUGAAACCUUUUAAUUUGUCGUUGGUUGAUACUUGAUCACCUUUACCUAAUUUUCAGUUUCAGCAAGGGGAACAGCUACAAUGGUGGAGUUUCUCCUUGAAGAUAUAUUUAGAGUUGAGAAAGUCAACCCAGAUGACAAAAAGUUAUUUGAAAAAGUUAACCGCAUUGAAGCAAGAAGUGAAAAGUUUGACAUGUUUAUGCAACUAGACAUCAAUUCUGAGCUAUACCCGUUAAAGGCGGGACAGAAGUUUUCUCUUGCGCUUGUUCCAACACUCAAUCCGGAUGGCACCCCAGACACUGGCUACUAUAAUCCGGGUAAUCGGCAAUCAAUAGCUGAUAACUAUGAAUACGUCAUGUAUGGAAAGCUGUACCGAGUAACAGAGGGUUCAGGAGGGCGUGAAAAAGCGGAGCUACAAAUUUCAUUUGGUGGGCUUCUGAUGCUGCUGAAGGGAGAUCACUCUCAUUUUAACAAGUUUGAGCUUGAUCAGAGGCUGUAUCUUCUGAUGAGGAAAGUCUGAAGACCAGGGUGAAGAAAGCUUGUUUUGAACAUCGAUGUAUGACAGAUUAUUUACCGUUUGAAAUACUAAUUCAGGUCUUCAUGACCUAAUGAUGUUUUAAAAACAAAUAUUUGGUAACCUUGAAUUAACUUCUGGAAGAAAUUAUCUACAAAAAGUGUAAUUCGGUUUGCUAUCAAACCAAAGAUUGCUGCAUGACUAUCUAGUUUGGAUUAGUUUCCAGUAAAUAAAUUUAGCUGAAACAAAUUUCUGGUA